AUGGUUUGCCUGGUGACUCGGCUGUGGCAGCUCAUUAUCCCUGGCAUUGUCCUCUCUCACUUCUCAGCAUCUCUUCCAUCCCAGGAGAGGACCCAGAGAGAUGCUGAUGGGCUGUUCCCCAGUGAGCUCAGCAAGAUAAAUGGCAAUGCCUACAUGCAGCAGCUUGUCAAACAGCUGGGCCUCAAGGAGAGGUUCCAGAGGCACUCAGAUGGGCUCUUUACCAGUGAAUACAGCAAGCUGAGAGGAAAUGCUCAGGUUCAGAAAUUCAUUCAAAAUCUCAUGGGCCGCAAGCGCAGCUCUGCAGGCCCUGUCAACACAGAUGUGCAGGGGAGAGAGGAAGAAAACAUCCAUGAGGAACUUUGCUUUAUGUGGUUGUACCAGAACUUUCUGAACACCAGCCACUCAGACAGUGAUGCCAGGGAAGCUGCAGCAGCUGCCAGCCACUACGUCUGCCCCAUCUCUAAGCAGCUCUUUGCAUCCCUGAAGGAAGACACAGACAGCUUCGACUGA